UUCCCGGAAGUUCACAUCUCCAUUCGGUGUAUGAGGUACGCUUGAUACAGUAAGCGUGAGAGGUGGAAUAGUUUACAUACUCCUCGUCAUGGCAGACGAGGUGACCAAAGCGCAAGUUGCGCAGCCAGGGGGUGACACCAUAUUCGGUAAAAUUAUCCGCAAAGAAAUACCUGCAAAAAUAUUUUACGAAGAUGACCAGUGCAUUGCUUUUCAUGACGUCGCACCACAAGCCCCAACGCACUUUCUAGUUGUCCCAAAGAAGCCCAUCGAUCAGCUGUCUAAAGUUGAAGACAGUGAUGCAGCACUUCUUGGACACUUGAUUAUUGUAGCAAAGAAGUGUGCUACACAAGUGGGCCUUUCCAAAGGAUAUCGGCUGGUUGUGAAUGAAGGUCCUGAUGGCGGUCAAAGUGUGUAUCACAUUCAUAUCCAUGUUCUAGGUGGCCGCCAGAUGGGAUGGCCUCCUGGUUAACUUCACUGUACUGGAAAUGUAAGCUGUUGGUAAUCAUCACUAUGUGUAACACUUGAAAAUAGCAGAAAUAAAUUUACUUUAACUGACUGG